AUGAACAUUAAUAAAAGUAUAGGAAAUGAAAUAUUUAUACCAGAAAAUGAAAAAGAUAAUAUUAUUAAUAAUUCAAAAAAAAUUCAUAAAAACAAUACAAUAAUGAAAAAUAACUUGCUAAUCAAUGAAAAAAAAGGAACAUUUGGUAAUAUUAGCAAUGGAUAUAAUAAUAAUAUAAAAGUAGAAUAUAUACAAAAUAAGAACGAAUUCUCUGGGAAAGAAAAUAAAAAAAAACAGAAUGGCAUAAUAUUGAAAUAUGACAAUGAUGAAAACACUAUUGCUGAAGCGAAUAUUAAUAAUAUUUUUAAUAAAAACACGAAUUACGAUGUAAAUUUAAAUAAAAAUAAUAUAAAACAUAAAAUGGAUAAUAUCAGUAAUAAUGGCAUAAACUGUAACAAUAUGAAUUACAGUACAAAUAACAUUAAAGUAAAUGGAAAGUUGAAUGAUGAAAACAAAAAUAUAAUCGUUUAUGAAAUGGAAAAUAAUAUAAGCAAUAAAAAUAUUAAUAAUAUAAGUAGUCCUAAUGAAAAUGCUAUUGUAAAUGUGAAUAAAAGUACUAUUUUAGAAGAAAAUAAUGCUGAAAAUAAUAACAAUACACCUCAAAUGAAUGAUAAUAAAAAUGAACAGUCACCAGAAAAUGAUAAUAUUAAUUCUAAUGAGAAUUUUGAUGAUCCAGUAGAUGAUUUUGGCAGUUUUUUAUUAGAAGAUGAUUUAAAUUUAUCAAGAAGAGCAUAUAGAAAUUUUCAUUUAUGUUCUAUAUUUAUUCAUUUAUCGUACUUAUUAAUGGUUUUACUGCUAAUAAGUAUAUUUUGUUAUGAUAUUAGUAAAUUCCACGUUUUAAAUAAGGAAAAAAAUGUGAAUUAUUUGUGUGCUGUAUUAUUAGGUUUGUUAUUUGUGCAUAUUUGCAUAAAUUUAUGCACAUCAUAUAAAUUAUUUAGACAAGUUGAAGUUUCCAAAUAUCUCAAAAUAUUCGAGUCAUAUAUUCAUAUGAUUGCCAUAUUAUUUUUCUCUAUAUGUUUAUAUAUAUAUUUUUUUAGAAAAAAAAAUUUUCCUAUGAAUAGUACUUUUUCUUUCACAAUACUUUUAGCUGCUAUAUAUUAUUUCUUGCCUUUAUUUUUAUAUAUUAUAUUACAUAUUGUUUUUUUUGUUGUCAUAAUAACAUUGUUUAUUAUAAGAAGAAAAAGCCCUACACCAAAAAGGAUUUUAAAGAAAUUAAAAAUAAUGAAAUAUUCAGAGUAUAGAAAAUACUGUGAAGAAAAAUAUUCAAAUGGCAAUUGUUUCUACAGUGACAUUGACAUAAAUGAAUGCGAUAAAGUUGAAAACAAAAAAGAUAAGUUAAAAGAAUUUCCAAAGAAUGAUGAUAAUGAAGUACAAGAUUAUAAGGAACCUAAAAAUAGAAUUGAUACUGUUAAUAAUCAUGCAGAAAUAUGGACUAAUUCUACUAUUUCAUGCACUCAUAAUAUUAAUGUUAAUCAAGAAAUAAAUAUUGAAACGGAUAAACAUAUUUUAAGUUCAUCUCAAAUAAAUGAUAAUAAUACGAGAAAUAAGUUAGAAAAUGUAAUAAUUUUUCAGGACAAUAAAUGUAAAAAUGCAGAAAAUCCAGAUAACAAUGAUGUAGAAAAAAAUAAUAAAAAAAGUUAUAUUUCGAACAAUAUAAAUAUUAUUAAAUGUAAUAAAAAAGAUAGAAAUAACAUUAAUAAUAAUAAUAAUAACUUUAAUCAUAAUGAUAAUUAUAAAAAUACUACUAAUAAUAGUAAUUAUAUUGAUGAUAGUUAUAAUAAUGAUAAUAGCAAUAAUAAUAAUAAUAAUAAUAAUAAUGAUAAUAAUAAUAAUAAUAGUAUUAACAGAACAUCAAUUUGUGAAAACGAUGAAUCACGUAAUGAUGUUAAAAUAAAAGGAGUACUUGGCUAUUUUAAAAGAGUUUUAAAAAAAAAAAAAAAUAUUAUUGAGAAACAGAAAAUUGAAAAUAGUGACGAUAAUUCUGUUCGUAUUAAUAUAGAAAAUUCAGAUUUUGUUUGCUCUAUUUGUUGCAUUGAAUAUUUUAAUGAUGAUGAUAUUUGUAUAUUACCUUGUAAUUAUCUUCACUACUAUCAUAAAGAAUGUAUAUUUACUUGGCUAAAAAGAAAUAACGAUUGCCCAUUAUGUAGAAAAAAUAUCGAAAAGUUUUUAAAAAAAAAAAAAAAAAAAUUGAAUAAUAAGUAG